AUUGCCAGUUAUUGCUGUGAAUUAUUGAAGUGGGAGUGUUUCAAUAACAAUUUGUGGAUUACCUAUUUGAGUUUCUUUAUAUAAACAUAGAAUAGUAUUAUGAAACAUUGUGUGGAAACUGCAAAUACUGAUAUGAUCAAUUACUUUGUUUGGGAAUUGAUACACAUUUUGUAGAGAUUUGUCUGGCAAAUCAAAAUGAAAUGGUGUAACAAACCUCAAGCCUAUCAUGAUCUGAAGCUGUUGUAACAAAUCAAAAUUGCUUUGAUGUUACAUACUACAUAGUACCUUGUUGGAAAGACUGGAGCAUGGUUCAAGAUGAUGUGUAAAAAUUCAAGAUUUGUGCGAAAGCUUGUGACUGAAGAACGAAAGCAGUUCGAUAUGAUGGCUCAAUCAAACGUGGAAAUGGACGACAAAAGUAGAGUUUCAACGUUCCAGCAUUUCCAGACAGCACCAGUCAGUCAGUAUGCCGUCAGCGACAAAUGGUCGAGGCGCCGGGCUGGAUGUGGACAAAGUGGCCGAGGAGGCAGAGUCCAUGUUCAGACGGGCACUGGACGACGUCAAGAGUGGCUCCACCUACAAACAGCUUGGCUGGGGCGCUGCCGCCGGAUGGGUCACCGGCUACCUGGGUAUGAAGGUCGGCAAGCUGGCGGCGAUGACGCUCGGCGGCUCCCUGCUCGUGAUGCAGGUGGCCAACCACAAGGGCUACAUCAACGUCAACUGGGCCAAGGUCAACCACGACAUCCGCGAGAUCAGCGAGAAGGUGCAGGACGACGUCAAGAGCGCCGCGCCCGGAGCGGCCGGAGAGGUGAAGAAGUUCGCCUUGGAGAACAAAUACGUCGCGGCUGGGUUCACUGGCGGGUUCCUGAUCGGCCUCUCCUGCUCCUGAGUGGUCUCCGCGCCGUUUCCUGCUCCUAGUGUCGGCCGGUUCUCCUCUCCCGGUCAGUCGGGGCUCCCCAGGGGUCACGGGUCAGCCCUGUCCCGCUCGGGGUCCAGCCGGGCGGUGGGUCACCCCUGGAACUCUGCCUCGUGGUGAGGUGCGUCCCAAGACCGCCGUGCCCGGCCCAGAGGGCGCUGGGGUCUCAGCGGCCGGUGCUGUGGCGACUGAGAGUGAUACAGCGGCUGACGGGCGGUGUUGGCCGCUCGAGAGUGGCGCCGCUACAGCCGGGUCCCCGCUGGUAUUGUCUUCUGCCAGGGGCUUCCUUGGUUUGUAGGCGUUAUAAUCAAACUCAGUGUGAUUGGUGCUAGUUGGUGAAGACAAUGAUCUGUUGCUGUACUAUGAUGGCUAGCUGUUUGUUUCUAAUCCUGCGAUGAUUUUUCUCAUUUGAUCUUAGCUCAUCUAGCCUUCUGAGUCUUAUGAUUUCUGUCAAAUCGUCUUUCUGCUUUGGCACUUUGAGUAGCGGUAUGGGUAUCAACUCAUGAGGCCGGAGAUGUGGAAGCGAGACUCAGCCACUCGGUCUUAAGUCGUUUGUAGGACAAUAACCGGUUAGUGACUUAUUCUGCGUUGUUUGCCAGUGGCUGCUUUACCAAUGCGUGUUAGGGCUGUGCAAGAUCAACAGUUUCAGCCGCGUUUGAUGGGACUGGACGCGGAUUAUCGGAAACGUAAGCUGCACAUUUUCUCGUGGUGACUCGUAUUUGAGAAUAGGUGUAUAUUUUCCCGCAUUGUGUCUGAUGAAUUGGCUUUUGUGCACAAUAGCGUCAAUAAAUGAUCAGUUGAAUGCA